AUGGACAAGCUGGACUGGCGGAAUUACCCCCUCGGUCUCCCCUCGUAUUCACCCGCUCUCGACGACGGGCGGCUCUGCCAGAAGGAGCUGAAGUCUGCAUCUACCUCCUGGCGAUCUGAGAAAUAUCCAGCUGUUUCGCGCGUGUUGGUGCUGGACCACGACCGCGGCGUAGGAACGAAACAACUCUGCGACGAUGAGACUUUGCAUAAGCUGCUGGCUGGGCCGCAACCCCAGAUUCGGUUCAUACUCCUUGAAUCGACCCCUCAUGAGAAAGUACUGCACCGUAUCAACACCAACGCAGCCGCUGUUAGCGUGCUAAAAGCCAAUGCGCUCGCCGACGAGAAGACAGAGGCCCAUAGCGAAGAUGAAGUCGCAGACGAACUAAACAUCUCGCUGGACUCUCUGCUGAAAGUCCUAACUCGAUAUGAUCUCCCUCCUUCCGCAUGCUCGCAUAUACGGGGACAAGAGCAGAUCUUCGGGUCGCGCAUCGGUCGAGAUGAGAAGAAGAAUAAAGUAACCGCCUUCGACUUCUGGUAUGCAAUACGAGCACGCGCAUAUAUCCGUGCUGUGGAUAAAGAGGCGGACUUGAAGAUGACAAUAGUGACGCACUACGACGUCAAAUCUCAAUCGAGCGUCAUACUCCUUAAACACCGAUCAUUCAACGACCUCCCCAAAUCGCUAAAGGAUGAGCUCCAUGACAAAUUGGUAGAUUUCAUCCUUGACCCUAGUACCGCUGCUCUCGCAGGGAACCCGUUCGCCCUACAUCUCCUCCAUUUUAACAGCACGAUCCAAUAUUACCGUCGAGCCGCCAGAGAUCCCCGCGAUUCCGUUGGGAAAGAAGAGAUCAAAGCACACGGGGGGAAAUCCGACCUUGGUGAGAUCGAUAUACGCAGGCUACAUUUGACCCUUACGAGUCUUGACCAAGAUAAGCUGCAAUUAAAUUUUAUUCUUGGGGUUCUAUCCCGUCUGCGGCUCCAGCACGACCGGUUUUAUAAGCUAGUCAAGUGCACGCCUGAUCCAGAUAAUCGCGACUGGCUGUAUACCCGCGUGGAGGAGGAGUAUGACAGGUUUGAGAACCAAAUAACAUACUUCAAAACGUCAAUUGAGAAUGUGGCGACGCGAGCACAGAGGCUCUUGGAUCUACUAUUCAAUUUGAGUACGCGGCACAGCACGCAUUUCAGUGCCCGUAUGGCCGAGGAGGCGAUGAAGGAAAGCGCAUCUAUGAGCACCAUUGCGAUCAUGACUAUGGUCUUCCUUCCAGGAACAUUUGUUGCGGGCUUUCUCGGUACGAAUCUAGUCGGUGGGCCAGGUCAAUCGGAUGGUGGCUCUGCCGGUGGGAAAAAUGGCAGCACCAACAUUUUGCUAUCUUCCCAAUGGUGGAUAUAUCCGGCGGCAACUAUCCCACUGACUUUAUUAACAUUCCUACUGUGGUAUUUGUGGAAGGUGUACGCUGAACGGAUGGUCAAUAAGCGAAUCCUAAAGGAUCUACGCAUGCAAAAUGAGGUUUGA